AGAUUCACAAGGGUGUCUGGCUGGAACUCAAGGGGGGCCUCUGUCUCAAAGACCUGCCCCCUGUCUCUUGCUUUGCUUCGCGCGUCCAACUCCACCCUUCGGCUUAUUUCCGGCACACGUCAUGGCCCAGACGCUCGAGUUUUAGCCCCCUUUAUCAUUGAGCUCAGACGCAUUGCAGCCGCUUUGGCUAUCCCAUUCGUAUACUGUCAACACCCAAACGUCGGCAUCACGCAUCAGCCUUGUCCCUUGAUCAGGAUCUGGGUCGUCUCUUCUUUGCGCCCUCUGUCGUUUGUGGGCCUCGAGGGUGCCAGCUAGCUGCCCAACUAGCUAGCUCGCCGUCGCACCGAGUGCGUUCCUCUUGCUAUUGCAUCACCGACCUCUUGCCAUGGCCGACGCUGCUGCCACCAAGAAGCGGAAUAGCUCGUCAGGCCCAGCCACCACCGCUGCUAAGCGAACCAAAGCUGAACCUCUUGAUGGGCGCCGUAGCUCCAACACCGGAUCGCCUUACAAUGGUGUCGCCAAUCAGCAAACGUCGGCUCCAACGAUAUCCCCGUCCCAAUGCUCUGUGUGCAUGAAGCCGGCAUCGUAUCUGUGCAGCAAAUGCUGUCAGGCUUGGUACUGUGGACGUGAUUGUCAGAAAAAUCACUGGAGCGUACAUCGCCAGGAUUGCUCGGAUGAGCGACGCUGGCAGGUGGCUCAGCAGGCCAAUAUACAGUACUCCCCCAUGCCAACCAAACCCAGCACUGUUCCCACUGUCGGUUCUACCGUUGCUCGUCCAGUACCAAAUACGGCCAUGCCUUCGACGAUGGUCGGCACGCCUUAUCGGACGGCGACUUAUAUGGCCCCUUCGACCUCGCGGUAUUAUGCUCCAGCAACCUCCUAUCCGUCGGGCGCUAUGCCGCGGGGUGUCGCCUCAAAGCCGAUGGGUCCGGUGACUUCCGUGCCGACGGCUGGGCAGCUGCGCACUGUGGGCACCGUGCAAUCUCCGGCCGGGACCAUGGCCCCCGGCACAGCUGGCAUGCCUGUCAUGAGCAGCGCGCCAACCGUUGGUGCUCCGGGCAAGGGUCCCAUGAUGAGUGCCAUGUCCACCAGCACUGCCAUGGCCACUUCCAACUCACCACAGGUGUCUAAUGCGGCAACUGGAGCGCGCCCGGCGCCUGGCACUUCCAAAGUCAUUCCUCCCUGUCAUGUGUGCAGGAAGGAAGCCACCUGCAAGUGCUCGCUUUGUGGUAAUGAAUACUACUGUAGUCGUGAUUGCCAAGUCAAGGCCUGGAACACGCAUCGGAAUUCUUGCCGGCGCACCUCAAGUGUAGCAACGACAGCCACCGUGGCCACUUCGGGUGCCUACGGCACUGUGACAAGCACAGGCUAUACGACCAACCGCACUAUGCCUGUGACACAGUCCCCGUACACGCGCAUGAUGCCCGCCAGUACCGGCCCCUACGCACGCACUCCGUACACCACCACUACUCGUGGAUUGGUCAACGGGGUGCAGGCCACCCCAUCGGGCGUAACAACUUCGGCGCGCGGUGGUCCCGUGUCCUACGUGCCCACCGUGUACAGUAGCAUGUCAGCCAUGCCUGCCACUAUGCGUCCUGGACCCACCGUUGUCACGUCGACCGUGGCCACGCCUACCGUCUCUACCCCCACAAUGGCUACUGCCACUAUGUCUAAUCCCACCGUCUCUACCACUCCCGUGGUCUCCACCCCAACCGUUUCCACCCCCACUGCUAGCGCCGUCCCCACUAAUCCCGUCGCCACCGUCUCUACACCUGGCGUCGUGGGUGCACCCACCGUUUCUGUUCCUGCUUCGGCAACGAACAGCACUGCGACUGCCCCCGCGAGUGUUGCGACCUCGUACCCAUCACAGACCGCAGCCAAGCCUUGAGACUACAGCAUCGGGCCCGGGGCCAGCCUUAUUUGUGUUCACCCCGACCCACACCAUCUGACUUGCAUGAAUUGAGGUGCUAAUCUUU